AUGGGAGACAAAAAAGACGGAGAAAAUGUUUUGUUAGAAGAAUUCGGGGCUCGCAGUACUACAUCUGAUGACAGUUAUCUAUUGGGUGCAGAUCCUGACUUUGGUGAUGCGUCGCUAAAGUUUUAUCAACUGCUUCGUUUCUCAGAUGCGACAGACAAGUUUUUAUUUUGUCUUGGAAUAUUUGGGAGUGUUGUGACGGGGCUGGCGCAACCACUCUCACUUCUACUUCUUUCAAAGCUUGUUACAUCCUUCACCGAUGGGUCGAAUGUUACACUUGUUGAGAAGAUGAAGGUUUUCUUACCAUACUACAUUUCAAUUGGCUUCGUGGCCUUUGUCAUUUCAUUUGUGCAAAUGUUUGCCCUUACUGUCUCUGCGAAACGGCAAAGUCGACGCAUUCGUUUACUGUUAUUUAAGCACAUACUGCGACAGGAUAUUGCUUGGUUUGACAAACAAACCUCCGGAAAUCUAAUUACGAAACUGAGUUACAGCAUUGACCAAAUUGAAGGUGGUAUCGGUGAUAGGCUGGGCAAUUUUCUUCAAAACGUCGUCACCGCCGUUGCAGCAGCUAUUGUUUCUUUAAUCACUGGUUGGAAGUUGGCAUUAGUUUCCUUUACUAUGGCUCCGUUUAUCCUUGGUGCCUUCAUGACCCUGGGGUGUGCCCUUCGAAAAUAUGCAACAAAAGAGAUUCUUGCUUAUGAAAAGGCUGGUUCAGUUGCAGCCGAGAUUCUUACAUCCAUUCGAACAGUUUUUGCCUUUGGAUGUCAAGAAAGGGAAUCUUUUAGAUAUGAGAAGGAGCUAGGCGCUUCGGCUCGCGUUUUCAUGCUCAAAAGUUUACUCAUGGGAUUUGGUACGUCAACAUUAACAAUAUUUACAUUAGUGCUUCUGAAAAACAACUUCUUUAUCCAAAGUAUGGGAAUGAUUGGCUGCACCAUCUUUUGUGCCUCGGCACUCAUCCUUUGGUACGGUGUUGAACUGAUUAUAACGGAAAGCUAUUACAACGGCAACAUUGUCUCGGUUGUGAUAUCAUUCAUAGUCGGCAACACAAGUCUGGGGAGAAGCCUGCCGGAAAUAGAGUUCUUUGCAAAUGCGAAACGUGCCGCAGCGUCCAUAUUCUUAAUAAUUGACAGAAUUCCAGCUAUAGAUGUGAUGGGACAGGGUAUGAGACUGGACUCCUUUUCCGGCAAAAUUGAAUUUAGAAAUGUGUCUUUCUCUUAUCCGACAAGACCAGAUGUUCAGGUUUUGAAGAACUUUUCGUUGACAGUGAAUCCAGGUGAGACGGUGGCAAUCGUUGGUCCCAGUGGUUCGGGCAAAAGCACAACGGUUCAGCUGAUUCAGCGCUUUUACGAUGCUGUCCAUGGAAGUAUCCUGUUAGACGACGUAGACAUACGCGAUCUCAAUGUCGCGUGGUUACGUUGCCAACUCGGCGUUGUGUCACAAGAACCAAACCUAUUCGCCGGCACGGUCACCGAAAACAUCCUAAUGGGAAAGCCGGAGGCGGAAUUCAAGGAGGUUGAGGAAUCCGCCAGGGAGGCCGACGCACACAAUUUUGUUGUCACUCUGCCAGAGGCAUAUGAUACAUUUCUGACAGAGGGUGGGGGCAAGCUGUCCGGCGGACAGAAGCAACGUCUGGCCAUCGCUAGAGCUCUGAUUCGCAAGCCGACGGUUCUUCUAUUGGACGAGGCGACUUCGGCGUUGGACAACAAGUCGGAGAAGGUUGUCCAAGCAGCCUUUGAUAAAGCCUGCAAGGGUCGCACCGUCAUCAUGAUCGCUCAUCGUCUCACCACAGUCCGCAAUGCCGAUCGUAUCGUUGUGGUGGAUCGAGGAGUAGUUAAGGAAAUGGGCACUCACAGUGAACUGCUUGACAAAGGUGGAAUUUAUGCUGGCAUGCUCGCAAAACAGCCACUCUACGAGGAGGAUGAGGGGGAAAAUGAAUCAAGCGACGAAGAUGAGGAGGCAGAAAAUGAUUUGGGCGAUUCAAAAGGAAUGGUUCGAGGUGAUUCGAUUCGAGCCUCAAAGAUAUCUAAUUAUGAUGCGCUUUCUUCUACGGACACAGAUAUGCCUGUUAGGAUAAAAAACGGGAAGCCUCCUUUUCUUGAAGUGCUGACAAUGAACAAACCGGAAUGGCCCUACCUUGCCUACGGUCUCGUGGCGAUCGCAUUGUCAGGGGUCGCACUUCCUGCCUUCUCCUUGGUCUAUUCGGAAAUUUAUAACCUUUUCUCAAUGUCCGAUCCCCAGGCCAAAAGAACUCGGGCGUCCUUUCUGUGUGGCAUUUUUGCGAUCUUAGGAUUUUUACGACUUUUCCUUACGGCGAGUGGGAAUGCUGCUCUUGGUAUUUCUGGUGCUCGUCUAACAAUGCGUGCUAGACAACUCUUCUUCAAAGCCAUAUUGAAACAGGAAGUGGCAUGGUUCGAUCGGCCCGAGAACCAGGCGGGCAUUCUGACCGCCCGUCUGGCAACCGAGGUGCAGAGUCUGCAUCGGGUCACUGGAACCCAGUUGAGCACUUUCCUCGAAUGCCUUUCCCUCGUGAUCUCGGCGUUAGUGAUAGCCUUCUACUACAACUGGGCGCUAAGCCUCAUCGCCUUGGCCUUCGUCCCUUUCCUAUUCGUUGCAGGCUCGCUGCAGACCCGUCAAAUAAAUGGAAGCGUUGGGCAAAAUCAGGUUGAGGGGGCAAAUGUCGCACAGGAAGCCUUCACUUCUUACCGCACGGUUGCUGCUUUCGGGCUGGAGCAAUUCAUUUACGAGAAGUUCCGUACAAUCUCAAAGAGUACCAAGAGAUCCCGAUAUGGACAAUCCAUACUUUUUGCCAUUGUGCACUGUUUGGCUAAUGGAACUUUCUACUUUCUGAUUGCUGCAUAUUACUACACGGCAGCUUACCUAUAUGACCGCGGCGAAGUUGAUAUGCCAACAAUUUUUAGAAUAUUCUCUGCUGUCAAUUUUGCUGCUCAAGGUCUUGGCAGAGCUGCCGCCUAUGCGCCCGAUUUCACGACGGCUUCACGAAACAUUAAAAAGACCCUCGCAACUAUUCAACGAGAGACACAGAUGGAUGUCGGUCAGGGCGACUAUCCAACCGAUCCACCAGUGGGCAAAUUUGAGUUCAAAAAUGUCUACUUCCGCUAUCCCACCAGAAGGAAGAAUCCCAUUUUGAGGAACUUCUCCUACACCGUACAGCCGGGCACCUCGGUAGCCAUGGUCGGACCCUCUGGAUGCGGCAAGUCGACUUUGCUCCAAUUGAUUCAACGCUUCUACGAUGUGGAAGACCGAGGACCAGGCAGCGGCAUCUUUCUGGAUGGCCGAGACUUGCGCAGCCUUGCCCCUGCCUGGAUCCGCGAGCAGAUCGGCAUUGUCUCGCAGGAGCCCAACCUCUUCAAUUUUACCAUUCGCGAGAACAUCGCCUACGGCUCGCUCAAAGGCGAACCCACCAUGGAAGAAAUUAUAGAUGCUGCGAAGCAGGCCAACAUCCACGACUUCAUUUCGGGACUGCCAGAGGGCUACGAAACUAACGUAGGCGCUGGCGGCUCUCAACUAUCAGGCGGGCAGAAGCAGCGUGUAGCUAUCGCGCGAGCAUUGCUGCGGAAACCAAAGGUCUUGUUGUUGGAUGAGGCAACCUCAGCACUAGACGUUGACAGCGAGCGGAUCGUACAACAGACGCUGGAUGAAGCAAUGCGCGAGCCCAAUGGUGGUCGCACGAGUCUCGUUGUCGCUCAUCGACUCACCACCGUGAUGAACUGCGACGAAAUCGUCGUUAUUAUGGGCGGCCGGCGGGUGGAGUCGGGCUCACCGCAGGCCCUCCUGCAGCAGAAAGGCGCCUUCUACGAGAUUCACAGUUUUGGUGUCGGAGGGCAAUAG